AUGGAGAAUUCAAAGAAACAAGCGUCCUAUAGUGACAAGAGCAAUGUCAUACGUAAGGCCUAUUUAGUGGAGCCUAUUAUCAGACAUCGGAUCCAAGACUCACUUUUUUACAAGCAAUAUUUGUAUUUGACCAAUGAAGCGACCAUAUUGCCCGUAAUCACUAGUCAGGUCAAAUACAUUGGAAGUACUAAUGCCAAUGGAAAGCCAACUCCUUUCGUUUGUUGUUUCCUUCGGUUAUUGGAGUUGGAACCCUCUCGUGACAUCAUUGAAAUGUGUUUGCAUCAAUUGGGCACCAAAGAAUUCAAAUACUUGACAGCAUUGAUAAUGCUCUACAUUCGGGUGGUAUGGCCAUAUGAAGACGUAAUAACUACUCUUGAGCCAUUCUACUCUGACUACAGGAAACUAAGGUUCCAAUUGAAGUCGCCCAUCAUGGUCAAAGGCAUGCCCAUCCUUUACAAGCUCUCGCACAUGGAUGUGUGGUGCGAUGAGCUUUUAAACAACGAGAGAGUCGUCGAUCUUAUCUUGCCCCGCAUGGUCCCACGUCAUGUAUUAUUCGAGAGAGGACUAAUUGGCGAACGAAACUACCAUGGAAUCGUCUCUGAAGAUGAAAACGAAUCCAAAAACGACUCCGAAAGCAAUUCGGAUGAUUAUGAAAGUGAUAGUGAUUGA